UAUUGCUAAAAUUCUCUUUCUGUUUUUCCAGGAAAUCCCAUCCCAACCUUUUGCUUAAAGUAAUGCAAAAUUCAAACCUAACUAUUUUGUCUCUUGGACUAGGCCAUGUUGAAAAAUGUUAAAAAAGGUCAAAAACUGAAGCUGUCAACUGACACAACCAUAAUACAUCCCAUUGCCAUCUUUGCCAUCCUCCCCAGCAUUUUCCCACCAGUAACUUUCAUCAAGAUUCUAAAAGAGUUCAAAAAAUCUCAAGCCAGUAGUUGAAAGACAGAUGAUUUUUCAAGAAAAUAGAAGCUUUAAGUUAGUUAUAGGCAUUUUAGUGUUGAACAUUUUGUGGGUGGGGGCUAAAUCCCAGUGUAGUGAUGGCUGUAAUGCAUUAGCUUCAUUUUAUGCAUGGAAUGGUUCAAAUCUCACUUUCAUAUCGAAUACUUUUUCAACCACCAUCAAGAAUAUUCUUAGUUAUAAUCCUCAGAUAACCAAUCCAGAUAUUAUUCAAUUCAAAAGCAGAGUUAAUGUUCCCUUCUCAUGUAGCUGUAUUGAUGGGAAAUUCAUGGGACAUCACUUUGGUGUGCAGGUCAAGACUAGAACUACCUAUCCGAGAAUCGCCCGGCUUUACUGUUCGAACCUUACAACAGUUGAAAAGUUGCAGGAGUCCAACAGAUAUGAUCCUAACAAUGUUCCUGCAAAUUCAAUAGUAAAUGUUAUUGUCAACUGCUCUUGUGGGAAUAGUCAUGUGUCAGAAGAUUAUGGACUGUUUAUAACUUAUCCUCUUCGCCCUAAUGAGAAUUUGGUUACUUUAGCGAAUGAUUUUAAUCUACCACAGAAGUUGUUGGAAGACUAUAAUCCUGGAGCAAAUUUCAACAGGGGUAGUGGUCUGGUUUUCAUUCCUGGAAGAGAUCAAAAUGGAACUUAUCCACCACUAAGGACUUCUACAAGCUCAAAAGGAAUCUCCGGUGGAGCAAUAGCUGGCAUAUCAGUUGCAGCAGUUUUUGUAGUAGCCCUCUUAGCGGCUUGCCUGUAUCAUAUCUGUUACAGAGGUGGGGAAAAGGAAAAAGAUUCAUUUCCUAGCUUGGAACCUUACAAAAAUAGCAGUAAUGAGCAUCAUCAUGGUCCUGCAAAUUUUGAGAAUCCUUCAGAAAUGAGUCCUCUUAACAAAGGCGCUUCUCCAGAAGCCCCAAGGAUCGCGGUGGAUAAAUCUGUGGAAUUUUCAUAUGAUGAACUUGCUAAUGCCUGUGACAACUUCAGCACAGCCUACAAGAUUGGCCAAGGUGGUUUUGCAUCUGUUUAUUAUGGAGAGUUAAGAGGCGAGAAAGCUGCAAUCAAGAAGAUGGAUAUGCAAGCAACAAAAGAGUUCCUUGCAGAAUUGAAAGUUUUAACACAUGUUCAUCACUUGAACUUGGUACGUUUGAUAGGAUAUUGCGUUGAAGGAUCCUUGUUCUUAGUAUAUGAAUACAUUGAAAAUGGGAACCUAAGCCAACAUUUGCGCGGUUUAGUUCCAGAUAACGAACCACCAUUGCCAUGGUCUGCCAGAGUGCGAAUUGCUCUGGAUGCAGCUAGAGGCCUAGAGUACAUCCACGAGCACACUGUUCCUGUUUACAUCCAUCGCGACAUUAAAUCAGCCAACAUUUUGAUCGACAAAAACUAUCGUGCAAAGGUUGCUGACUUUGGACUCACAAAACUGAUAGAAGCUGAAGGUGGUUCAUUGCACACUCGUCUUGUUGGUACUUUUGGUUACAUGGCCCCAGAGUAUGGUCAGUUUGGUGAUGUUUCACCCAAAAUUGAUGUAUAUGCAUUUGGGGUGGUGCUUUAUGAAUUAAUAUCUGCUAAACAAGCUAUUGUCAGGGCUAGUGAAAUUGCUACAGACUCAAAAGGACUUGUUGCAUUGUUUGAGGAUGUGCUCAAUGGGGUUGAUCCUAGAGAAGGGAUAUGCAAAUUAGUAGAUCCAAAACUUGGUGAUGUUUACCCCCUGGAUUCAGUCUGGAAGGUGGCUCUUCUUGCCAAGACUUGCACACAUGAAAAUCCACAAUUGAGGCCAAGUAUGAGGUCAAUAGUAGUGGCUUUAAUGACAAUAUCAUCCUCAAGUGCAGAUUGGAACAUUGGUGCAUUUUAUGAAAACCAGGGCCUUGCCCAUCUCAUGUCUGGAAGGUAACAAAUUCCAAUUGGAGUUAUAUUGUGUUACUCUUGACAAAGAAAUUAGAGCCAGUGAGUUUACACUAGCUAGUAACACUUGUACAUUUAUUUGUAUCUACCAUAUGACACACUUUGCUAUAUUUAGAAUAGGUGGGGAGGGGGUGUUGGAUAUUUUUGCUCUUCUAUUGCAUGUCAUUUUAUGAACAUAGACAAAGACACAAGUGUUCUCAGGUAGCUGUCAAAGGCUCCACGUCCUUAUAAAGGAUAGAUGACAAACAUGUGUGUAAAGCACGAUAUUUUGAGAUCUACAGUAAUAUUUUUCCCAUUAUUAUUA